AUGGGUAUAGGAAAUCAUUCCACAGUGACUGUGUUUCUUCUUUUGGGAUUAACUGAACAGCCAGAGUUUCAGCUGCCCCUUUUCUACCUCUUCUUAGGGAUCUAUAUAGUAACCAUCGUGGGAAAUCUUGGCAUGAUCACAAUAAUUACACUGAAUUCUCAACUUCACACCCCCAUGUACUAUUUUCUCAGUAGUCUGUCAUUUUUAGAUUUCUGCUAUUCUUCUGUCAUUACCCCCAAAAUGCUGAUAGGGUUUUUAAGCAGGGAUAAAUCUGUCUCCUAUUCUGGAUGCAUGACUCAACUGUUUUUUUUCUGUAUUUUUGUUAUUUCUGAAUGCUACUUGCUUGCAGCCAUGGCCUAUGAUCGCUAUGUGGCCAUCUGCAGCCCCCUGCUCUACCAUGUCAUCAUGUCCCCGCAGGUUUGUUUUGUGCUGGUGGCUGUUGUCUUCUCCAUAGGCCUCGUUGAUGCUGUGAUUCAUGCAGGUUGUACACUGAGGUUGUCUUUCUGUGGGCCAAAUGUCAUUAAACAUUAUUUCUGUGACAUUGUUCCUCUAAUUAAACUCUCCUGUUCCAGAACUUACAUUGAUGAGCUUUUGAUUUUUAGCAUUGGUGGAUUUAACAUGGUAGCCACCAGCCUGACCAUAAUAGUUUCAUACGCCUUUAUUCUCACCAACAUCCUCUGCAUCCAUUCUAAAGAGGGAAGAUCCAAAGCAUUUAGCACUUGCAGCUCCCACCUAAUGGCUGUUAUUAUAUUUUAUGGGUCUUUGAUGUCUAUGUAUCUCAAACCUGCUUCCAGGAGUUCAGUCAUCCAGGAGAAAGUAUCCUCAGUGUUUUAUACUACUGUGAUUCCCAUGCUGAAUCCCUUGAUAUACAGUCUGAGGAACAAGGAAGUGAAAAAUGCACUCAUAAAGCUUUUAAGAAGAAAAGGAUCUUUGCAAUGA